ACCACUGUGUGCGUAUUAUCGGGGCUUACAUAUCCCCAUUCUCUUCACCAGGUCAGAUUUUGGAGUGCACUUGGCCCCGCUUUCUGCGAUUACGAUUUUCAUGGGCUGUUAACCUUUCAAUUCGGGGAGGAGCCUCUUCUUUAUUGGCGUCGGACACCAUCCAUUUUGGUUCUCAAUAAAGAGUGGAAGUCCCUCUUCCAGCCAUCUAAUUUAUUCCAGGGUAGAGCCAUCAUCGCUUAUUGUCGAGUUCUUAGAUGUGACCUGUUCCCUCUGCCCCUCAUUAACCGAGCCAAAUCCAAUCUGUAUAUUGUGUUGCAAAGUCGACUUUAG